CAGUCAGAUGACGGCACAGGUGGGGGGUUAGACAGGUACCGGUCAGAUUACGGUGGCACAGGCGGUGUGGAGUAUUAGACAGGUACCGGUCAGAUGACGGUGGCACAGGCGGUGUGGGGUUAGACAGGUACCAGUCAGAUUACGUACGGUGGCACAGGCGGUGGGGGGUUGGACAGGUACCAGUCAGAUGACGGUGGCACAGGCGGUGUGGGGUUGGACAGGUACCAGUCAGAUGACGGUGGCACGGGCUGUGGGGUUAGACAGGUACCGGUCAGAUGACGGUGGCACGGGCGGUGGGGUUAGACAGGUACCGGUCAGAUGCACGGGCUCCCCACACCCCUGCUGUGGCUUUGGCAGUAAGGACAGGAUGCACCCACGUCACAAGAGGAGCACAGGCAGGGGUGUUGGUGUUGGGGCAGCCCUCAGGGUCUCCAGACCCUGGCCCCCCUCACACAGCAGCCCAGGAAGGAAGGGCAGAGUCCCAGGUGUCACCCAGGAUCUCCCAGGAGCUGCCUCUUUCUGCAAGUCACGGGACAGGAAUGACAGGUCGGGGGACUGCAGGAAGCUGCCACCUCUGGGGUCAGAACAUGCCCAGGCUGCAGGGGCUCCAUUGCGGGGUCUUCGAGAGCCAGACAGCCUGCCUUGUGCUGCACGCCUGGCUUUGCUCUGUGCAGAACCCAGCACGCGUGAUUUUGUGUGGCAUGCCAACAGCCUGGCUCCCCGGACAGGAGGCCUGCCCUGGGGGAGUGGCUGCAGGAGGAGGGUGGGGCGGGCACCCAUGAGUCUGUCCAGCCUUGGUGCUGUUGGCACCAUGAGGGGCAGGCGUGAGGAUCCACAUCCACACUCAGGCACGGGCAGCAAGGGGUGGCACAGCCCUGGGCCGCCAGCCUGGGAUCCCGUCACGCAAGAAAAACACCAGCCUGAUGGCAGCAGUGCAGGAAGCACCCCACCUGCCGUGUUGACCUUUACCCUUUCUCACAGCCUUGUCACAGAUGCAUCGCCCGCCCUGCAGUCCUGAUUUCAGCUCACUUCAGAGUAAAUGAGAAUAAACCGCACCUGGACUUUCACGAAUGCAUGUCGACGCUUUCAGUUCACCCCUUCCUUUGCUAACUUUCUUCCUAUUUUCUUCUAAUGCAAGAGCUUAUUAAUUCAGUAUUUAUCAUUUUGAAUAACUUUUUCCCUUUUUAGUAACAAAAUGUAUUCCACUAUUAGUAAAAUGUAUUUACUAUUUUAGUAACAAAAAUAUACUUGCCUAAACAUGUUUAAAAUACAGUGAUGUGUACAAUUCA